GGGUCGCUGGAAGUCAUUUUCGGCCCGAUGUUCAGCGGGAAGUCCACGGAACUGCAGCGACGAUUGCGCAGGCACACGAUGGCGAGUCGACGCGUGCUCGUGGUGAAGUACGCGGGAGAUAACAGAUACGACGACGCGGUCGGGACGACGACGGCGGCGGUGACGCACGAUUUGGCGACGAUGCCGGCGCUGCCGACGAAAGAUUUGAGGAAUAUCGAUAACGUGGCGCACAAUUACGACGUGAUCGGAAUCGACGAGGGACAGUUUUUCGACGACGUCGCCGCGUUUUGCGAAAAGUGGGCGCACGCGGGUAAGACUGUCAUUGUCGCGGCGCUCGACGCGACGUUUCAGCGCAAGCCGUUCAAUUCGGUGCUUCAACUGGUGCCGUUGGCAGAAAAUGUGACCAAGUUGACGGCGGUGUGCACGGAUUGCGCGGCGGAUGCCGCUUUCACGGCGCGCACGACAAAGGAGACGAGCGUCGAACUCAUCGGCGGGGCGUCGCAGUACAAGGCGGUGUGCCGGGCGUGUUACGGUAAG